GUUUAAAACCAGCUGACAAGAUGUUACGUCAGCCAGUCGGUAGCCGUUGCCAUUGGACGCACGACGUUAUUGCCAGUGUUGGUUAUGCCGGGAGUCUGAAAUUGUGUACCUUUUUUCUCUCGUUCGAACGUAUCGCUGAAUCAUGUCCAAAAUUGACGAAUAUUACUUGACAGUGCUUCGACUAGUUAAAGAAGCUGGCUCGAUCGUUCGGGAAAAAAUUAAUCAACCGAAGGAUCCGAUGAUAAAGUCGUGCGAAGUCGAUCUUGUUACUGAAUGGGAUCAAAAAGUUGAGAAAUUGUUAGUCGAGGGUAUAUCUUCGAAAUAUGCAGACCACAAAUUUAUUGGCGAGGAAGAGAGUUCACUUGGUAAGAAGAUCGAAUUAACGGACGAGCCAACAUGGAUCAUCGAUCCAAUCGAUGGCACGAUGAAUUUCGUGCACGGUUUACCGCACACUUGCAUAUCAAUUGCGUUACUUAUUAACAAAGUUGCUGAAAUUGGAAUCGUUUAUAAUCCGAUUUUGGAACAACUAUUUACUGCCCGCAAGGGUCAAGGUGCAUUUUUGAACGGGGCACCCAUUCAAGUCUCUGAAGUAACUGAAUUGCGCAAGGCACUCGUAAUGAUGGAAAUGGGCACAAGCAGGGAUCCUGAAAAAAUGAAAAUUGUAUUGGAGAAUGCAAACAAUCUUACUCCAAAAGUUCACGGAAUACGAGCUUUGGGAUCUGCAGCUUUAAACAUGUGCAUGGUCGCUCUAGGCGGAGCGGAUGUUUCGUUUGAAUUCGGUAUUCACGCUUGGGAUAUUGCAGCUGGUGAUAUUAUUGUGAGAGAAGCUGGUGGUGUGUGUAUAGAUCCGGCAGGUGGUCCAUUUGAUGUCAUGAGCAGAAGAGUCUUGUGUGCAACAACAAUGGACUUGGCUCAGGAAUUAGCUAAAGUAUUGGUUCAGUAUUAUCCCGAACGCGACUGAAAAUCUUAAAAUAGAUAUAAAUAAAUAAACCCAAAACUCAAUAAUUAAAAAUUGAAGUGAUUCUGUAUUUAAUGCAUUUAAGGUUUAUAAAUAGAAAAAUACAUAUAAAUUUUUAAAGAAUGUACUUAUAUUUUACAUAGAUGUUUGAAACAAAGAUGACAAUAUAUCCAAGAGAUGUAUUAUAAAUCUAAAUUUCAUAUAAAUUACAUAUUCAUGAUAAAAAAAAUGCUAACAAUGUUAAAUAUUAACGAAAGGGAUAUUCUAUGGCUGUAAAUGUGAUUUGCUCUUUACAUCUAAAUAUAAAAUACUAUAUUAAAAUGUAACAUGAAAUAAACUUAAUUAUCCCGCUAAAUAUAUGUGUAAUUUGUUCUGAUCAUUGUUUCCGUGUUACACUUUUCGAAUUACAUGUCACAUUAUAGUACUUUUUGCAUCUAAAACUUGUUCACUGUAUUCUAAUUAUUUUCUAAGAUUUUUGUAUUUAGCAAUCUGAAAACUGAAGGCCAUAAAUAUUAGGAUUAUGUUAUUUUUAAUAUAACUUAAGUAUUUUGUUUUAAUUUAAUGUAAUAAUUUGUAAUUCUCACGCAUAUGUACCUUACCUGUUCACAUACUUACGAUUUCAUUAAUUUCAACGAAACAAACCUUCCUGCUGAUAUAAAUUUAAUUAAAUAUUCGGCGAUCCUUUCGGCGAUAGGCACCAUUUUAAUACAGUUGUCAAGCUGCAGCUGCGACGAUCUCACGCCAUUUCCUUCAUCAUUGCUUUCCAUCAACUGAUUUCAUCACCUCUUCCAUUG